UGGCGUGUGUGAGGGGGUUAUUCCUGAGGGAGCACACCUUGUAGGGAGGGGUUCGUUUCUGAGGGGAGACCCGGAAUGGGAAUACGGCUGCGAGGCUGUUCUUCAAAGGGGGGGUUGAUCUAAGCUUUGGUAAUCACUGUGGAAUUCCUGGUAUGAGAAGGCAGAGCUCAGGGCAGAGAGAAGAUCCUUGCUGAACAGCUGUAAUGAUGAAGGCACUGAUUUUAAUUGUCCUAAUCACCUCUUUGCUGGCUUCAGGGAAGAAAUUUCGAUGGUGCACCCUGUCUGACCUGGAACAAAGAAAGUGUGCUGAGCUCUCCAAAGUGCUUACAGCUGUGCUGCCCCUCACUCCUGCCAGUUCCUUUACCAGGAUUUCUUGCAUCAGAGCCCACAAUACAUAUGACUGCAUUGAUAAAAUCAGGGCAAAUAAAGCAGAUGCUGCCUCCUUGGAUGCUGGAGAUGUUUACUCUGCUGUAAAGCUGUACGGUUUGGCAGUGGUGGCAAAAGAGAUCUAUGAUCAAGGAAAUUGUGUGUUUGCUGUGGCCGUGGCCAAACGAGGAGCUCUGGAUGUCCGGAGGCUGCGAGGUGUGCGCAGCUGCCACAAUGGAGCCAAGUGGACGUCGGGCUGGAAUAUUCCCCUUGGCUUUCUCCUGGCAAGAAAUUCUCUUUCCUGGGAUGAGUCCCAGCCUCUGAGCCAAGCAGUUAGUGAGUAUUUCAAUGCAAGCUGCAUCCCUGGGGUUGGUGUUGCUGCUCCCCAGUUGUGUGCUCUCUGCCAAGGACAAAAAUCCUAUGUCAGAGACAGGAACCACUUCUGUGAGACAAGCAGUAAUGAACCCUUCUAUGACUCUGAGGGAGCCUUCAGGUGCUUGAAGGAUGGAGUGGCAGAUGUUGCCUUUUUAGAUCAUCUAAGAAUUAUGAGUGCCACAGAGUCAGAAAAAGAGGAAUAUGAACUCCUGUGUGCUGAUGGAUCCACAGCUGAGCUGACUGAAUACAGCACCUGUAACCUGGGCAAGGGGCCUGGCCGUGGCAUCAUCACCCGCAGCAACUUCCAGAAAAUCACCAACAAAUUUCUGAGCAUGAUCCAACGCCUCUUUGGGCAGAAAGGAAAGGAAAGAGCCAGAUUUGAGCUCUUCAGUUCAGCACCCUUUGGGGGAAAGAACCUGCUCUUCCGAGAUGCCACUCAGCACCUGCAGCUUCUCGAGGAGCAGCUGGAGAUUGCCUAUGUCCUUGGUCUGGAUUAUGUGGCUCUCCUUAAGGGACUUGGCCAUGAAGGGAGCUCCUUGGAGAACAGCGUCGUGCGCUGGUGCUGCAUCAGCGAUGCUGAGCUUCACAAAUGUGAGGAGUGGGCACUGAACAUCCAAUCCGACCCCUUGGUCUGUGUCCAGGCAACUUCCAUGACCAAAUGCAUUGAAAUGAUCAAGAGUAGUGAGGCUGAUGCUGUCACCCUGGAUGCAACACAUGUGUACAUUGCAGGGAGAUGUGGACUGGUGCCUGUAGCUGCAGAAUGCUAUGGGGGAGAUUGUGGCCCAGCAGCUGAGACCAUGGAGAAAACAGGGAAAUUAAUUCCUCUGAAGCACAAAGCACUACCGCCAGUUUAUGCUGUUGCCCUAGCUAAGAAAAGUGCCAAACAGAUUCACAUCCAUAACCUCAGGGGAAGGAGAUCCUGCCACAGUCACCUGUACAGUCCUGCAGGGUGGUUACUUCUGUCCAGACACACAGUGCGAGCUCAGCAGAAUGACACUGAGAACUGUGAUGUUGCCUCUGCUUAUCAGAAUUACUUUUGGAAGGGCUGCAUGCCAGGAGCAGAUGGAAACCUGUGCAAGGUGUGCAUUGGAGAUGGGGAGGUGGAAGGAGCUCGAGUGUCCAGCAGAUGUGCUGCGAGCCACAACGAACGUUACUAUGGCAACAUGGGAGCACUCAGGUGCCUAGUUGGCAAUCCCAGUGGAAGAAGCUUUGGAGAUGUAGCUUUCCUGGAACACUCAAACCUGCUCCAGAACAUAGAGGAUCUGGGCAGCUCUGGCUGGGCUAGAGGUUAUUCCCCCCUUGACUUUGAGCUCCUGUGCGCGGACGGAACGCGCGCGGCUGUCACAGAAUGGGCCGGCUGUAACCUGGGCCCGGUGCCCCCCAGCGCUGUCAUGACCCGCCCAGUCACUGUCACCAAAAUCUCUGACUUCCUGCUGAAAUCUCAGGUGGGACAGGAAUCUCUGGGAAGCAAACUGGAUUCUGAAUUCCAGCUCUUUCAGUCAUGGAAGUAUGGUGAAAGUGAUCUGCUUUUCAAGGACACCACUCAGUACCUUGUUCAUGCAAGUCACCUGAGCUAUCAGGAGAUCCUUGGAGAGUCUUUUGUUCAGCUGGCAGAAUCAGUGUUUAAUUGCACACCUGCAGGCAUCUUGGACUUCUGCAAACAGGAUAUCUGUGCAUCCUCAUCCAACUGACAGCUCAUACAGAGGCUUUGCAGGGCACAAAACAUCAGCAUCACUGCUGAGAACAAAGGAAAUGUGCAAAUCCAGCCAAUCCAAAGCAAUCAGCAAGGAGUCAUCUCCAGAAAUGUAUGCUGAACACCACCUUGUGGUUUUUGUUUUUUCCAGCAGAUUUUAUGUUUAUGAUGAUGUAAUACUACUCAUAUAUUAUCUUUUUCUUUUUUGGAGCAUGGCAGCAUGGGGAACAGCACAACCAACAGCACAAAACUAGGAUCAGCAUUGUGGAAAGAGCAGGGCCAGUACCAUGGACUAAAAUACAGACUUGGUAGGAGUGGCACAGGUUAGUUGGUAGCAUUUUGCCUUGUUUGUCUUAUAAACAGUUCCCAUGCAAAACCCCCAGUCAACUGACAUUUUGGUAGUUGCAACAUUGUCUUCCUGUACCUGUGAUUUUGGUUGCAGCUAGAUAGCCCCUGCUGAAUGCACAUCUAUAUUUCUUCUUUAACCAGUGUUUUUUUAGUAGUAAAUCAAAACAUUUUUCUCACAAAUAAAUGUAUUAAGACAUUUAAUAGCCAGCAGAACUGGAUGCUUGCAGCAGUGGAUAUUCCUCUUUGUCAAGACCUCCAACCAUUACUUUAUAUUGACACUUUGAAUUUGAGAUUCUCUGAAAUGUCAAAAUCCUCUCUAUCAAUUAAACACUACAAGUUUUACAAGCAGAAACUGCCUGAACAGGAUCUGAAGCCCUUUGAACAGAAAUCAUCUGUUCAUCAUCUGUGUCCUGUCUUGUCCCAGUAUGGUGACUGAGCCAAAUCCUCAGCUGUGUUUGCAGCCCUGAGGGAGCAGGGACAGAGCAGGAUGCUGGUUUGGGCCUCUCAGGUGUUCCUGCCUUUCUUUCCUGGAGCUUCCCUGCCAUCUGUGGGGCCCGUGGGACACUGCACUUGGGACAAGGCAGUUCUGAGAACACAGUGAAGAAAUGCAGCUGGCAGCCUUGCUUUGCCAACAGCAGCCUGCAGCUGACCAGGGAUAAAUGAAAAAUCUGGGUUAUACACAAGAUUUUAUGGGUUGGGAGGGCAGAGAUGUUGUUUUCAGACACAAACAUAACCAAUGCUUCCUGGGCCUUGUGGAUGAUCCUGUGGUGCAGCCCUGGGGUACAUGAACCAGCCUCAGCCUCGAAUCCCAGCUCUGAGCUGAGCAGGAGCUGUUUGUGCUCCUGCUCCUCUGCUUUCUGAAGAAAUGGAUGCUGCCCCAGUAUUCUGAACAGCAGCUGGGAUCAUGCCUAAUAUCUGCCAGGCUGGGAUGAAGGAGCACCAGAACUGCAGCUCUGUGUCUCAAUAACUCCCUGUUACCCAGCAGUGCUGAUCUCUUUGGAGAUUUCACCUUUCCCCCCUGCAUGUAAGACAUUAUCAUGCAUAUUUACCCAUACAAGCCUAAAGGCCUUAAAAACCUGAAAAGUUCUCAGAAAAAUUUAUUUCCAUAAAUUAAAAACACACACAAAAGAAACAGUAAAAUUUUAGAUUCACACAAUAUUGAACAGAAACAAAAUGCCAAGAGCAUGAUGGAGGCUAAUGGCACAAAUGUACAAAUUCUCAGUGAGCUAUUUGUUACCUUGAUAGCAUCAUACAGACUUGUAAUCCACAGUUACUAUCCAUAUUCUAGAAAAGCACCUGGAACAUGAUAUAACAAAGGCCCACCUGAAAUAAAAUACAAUGAAUGGGAACUGCUUGCAGGAACUCAGCUCCAGCAAGCACAGGAACUCAAAUGUAUGCAGACACAAGCCAGGCAGGCAAAUGCUGUACAUACAUUAAGGAGCCUUAGCUGCUCUAGUCAUAGCAUGAUGAAAACAAUGAGUUUUUUCUUCUUUUUUUUUUUUUUUUUUAAGUGAUCCUUCUAUCUCUGACAAUCAGCAAAUUUAGCAAAGAGCUGCUUGGCUCUACUAAGAGACAGGACAUGGCAAAAGCUUUGCAAUCCUUCUCAGGCUGUUCUGGCCAUCAGUUUGUGAUGUACUUUCCAUGGUGACACAAAAACAUCCCCACUGGAGUGGGUCCACUUAAUGAAAAGGCAAGUGUACACAUCCUUCUGCUAGAGAUGUAUGCAUGACCCCAAAAAUGAAUUCUCUACACUUUUUACUUUUAAUUAGCUGUGCCAGAAGCAGCUCAGAGUGGAACUGCCCAGCUUUUACCCAGUCACCACUCCCAGUGUACAAGCAGCAGCCACAAGGAACAGGGCUGUUCCACCAUGAGUGCUGUAAACAGAAACAGAGGUGGGAAAGGAAAAAACAAAAAAGUGCAUAAGCAGGACUGACACCUGUAUGCUGGGGAGGGGAAGAGAUGCUUGGUCUCCACUAGCUUACAUUGUCAUACAAACACUAAACUGAAAGAGAAUAAUGCUGUGUGUUUGGGUUUCCACAAACUGAGGCCAGGGAGAAGCUAAACAACUGCAACAUCAUUUUGUAACUCCCCCAAUUUCUGUAAACUGAAGAGUAUUUGAGUGUUUUUUUUUGCUCUGCUCUCUCCACUGUAGUUUGUAGGAAAAAAAGUUCAUAAAUCUUAUUUCAAUGCAAUCAGAAACAAGAGAGAACAGGGAAGAAAGUAAAAAAAAAAAACCACCCUAAACAAAACCCAACACAACCCAAAGGAAAAGGUUCAACACAUUCCAUGUUUUGAAGCACAUUGGAGUCUGAACUUCUCCUGGACCCAAGUCUCUUUCCCCCCCACCCCAAUCUAUUUCCUUGAAAGCCCCAGUAGGCUUAAUUACUUACAGCUUAAUUGGUCACUGGAAGCCUCCCAUAUUAAUAGAAGGUGAAUGAAUGCUCUGUAACAAUCCCAUUCUAUAGCACAAAUCCAUAAAAAUAUAUCUCUCACUCUUGUUACCACUUCCAACUAGUCAAUAAUUGGGCUAAUAAGCCAACAUAGGGAAACUUUCAAACAUUUUUUAGGAGGCAAUUGAUCUUUGUUUUUUAGGGAUUUCUUUUUACAAAAAUAAAGAGAAUCAAUUAGAAUGUUCUACAACAGCCCAGUAAGUUAACCAGAAAAAUACUAUGUCAAUAUGUUCAAAGUUUGCCUUGCUAUUUUAUCCUCAAACUCCAAACACUACUACUCUAAGUGUGCACUCCUCUCUUUUCUUCAGUCUUCCUGA